GUCCGGCAUGGGCGGCGAUGGGCAGUUGCAUGGGUCUGCGCUGGGCCGCGUUUGCACCGUCACGUUUCCACAGGCCCAUGGAACUCCACGCGUGAUUCUGGACACCGAAUAUGUAUGUACCAUAGGAUGGUCCUUCUUCGACCAUCUCCUUGUCGCCUUGGCACCAUCUUCAGUGUGUCUCCGCCUCUGCCACAUCAAAAACGACGACGACAUUCGGUGGGUCGUUAAUGAUGCAACCCUGCUCGCCCUGUUUGAAGAUUCAUGCAACCAACAUCACACCCUGCAUGCAGUUGAGGAUCAUCCUUCCUAUCGCGCUGGAAGGAUUGUCGUGGAGUCGCAUGCGAGUCCAGACUUCUCUCCCAAGCUCUGCAGUGUGGAAAUUGCGCGCAUUCAAGAAAUGGAAGAAGAAAAGUCCAAGCACUCUCAAGAGCAAUGUGACGAUAGCAGCGUCGACGACAUUGCGCUGGAAGAUCACAACCUGUCUGACAUCGAAGUCAAGGUCACCAGCUCGACUAUCCAUGCCACAAAUCUCAUGAACAGCAUUCGGCACUUUUUCGAUCCCAAGCCUGCCAUGUCCAACUCAAUCGAUGACCCCGAGCCAAAAAAGACCAACUGGUGGUCUGCAUCAACGCAGCUUUUUCUCAAACCAUUUGCUUCCAAGUCCACAGCCACGAAGCAGACGAAAAUUCCCGACAUGACGUACCGAUAUUCGGAGCCUCCCAUGCGGCCCAUGAGCGCAUCGCAUCAGAUCCAGUUCCCAAGGAUGUCGUACAAUACCCAGCCAACCGAAGGCGACACCACUCAACACAACUUCCACAUCUCGUCGUCGUGGCACCACCAUGCAGAUCGCAUGAGUGCUUCGAUGAAUCUCCCCACCACCAAGGAGAGCACGAUGGGUUCCUUUGUUUGGAUUUAGACAAGCAACUUAAUGCGCCAUAACUUAUUCAUAAGGUUAGCAACUCUGUGUCGUCGUCAUUGCA